AUGAGCGAGAUGGACCCAAUCACUACAGACGCGGCUUCUACGACGCCCACAGUGAACAAGAGCACGCAAAAGACAGAACCAAAGGAAGAAAAGGUGAUUAAAGUGAACACUGUAGCAGACGAGAUAGCAGUUCGAAAGCCCAUAAUCAAGCGCAAGGCCAGUGACGAGAAGAUUGUGAUUCCCCACUCAAAACGCCGUACUUCAAGCCCUUGUAUGCCUAAGAAAUCCAAGGAAUUGGAUAAAAAUGCAGUAGAAGGUGAAGAUACAGAGUCGGAGCCCGAGAAGCAGCCAAAAAAACGGGCAAAGACGAUGAAAAAGACGGUAAAAUCUCCUGGUCGCAGAAAAAAGACCGUAGUAGAGUCUGAAGACGAUGUAAAGCAACAGGAAGUCGAGAAGAAGGUGAAUGCAUUGAAUAACGAGAUUACAAAGAGAUUUGGUGAGAUUGUAUGGGCUAAAAUGGGUGGCUAUCCGUACUGGCCGUGUAUUAUUACGGACCCAAGACUAUUACCUGAAAAACUACAGGAGACUGCUAUGAAAGUGCUAGAGACUAAAUACGUUGUUUUCUUCUAUGUAUCUAACAACUUCGCCUCUGUCUCAUUUAAGAUGAUUGAAUCAUGGGAUGAUACAAAGUUUAUGUAUCGUGAAGGACAUCCGGAGAAAGACUCAAAGGCUCCAAAACGACGAGUUAAACUCAUGCAGGCAAUUGAAGCAGCUGAUAAAGAGACAAAGUUGCCGAUUGAAGAGCGAGCAAACGGUCUCUUACGACCUCUUGAGAAUGUUAAGGAGUCAGUCGAGAUGGCGGCACCUGCUAGACGAAAGCCUGGCCGACCGCCAAAAAAUAAGACGGCUGUUUACGCUGGUUUGAAGGCUGCGCCGAAAAAGCGACAAAGUAAAGGCGAUGAGGUGGAGGAAAUGUCGAAUAGAAAUAGUGGCAAGGAAGCUCGUAUUGCUCAAGAAGAGGAAGCGGACGUGACAGGGCCAACGCUCAGCAAAGAAGAAAUCAAGGCAAAGGUGGCAAGCCGCAAAACGCCCAAGAAAAAAGGGACGGAUGACAGCGUUAAUGCUGCGGGUAUGCCUGUCAAGAAGGCUCCCAAGGUUAUUGCUAAACACGGAAAGCUGAACGGGUCCACUGAGAUCGACAGUAAGCGAAAGAAGGAAAUUGAGCUUGUAGUUCCACACAAGACUAUGAAGUCAGCUGACAUUCGCGAGAUGACUGAGGAAGCUGCUAAAAAGAAACUGAGUGGUCCAAAAAGUAAGACAAAGAAAGACAAGGGAGAGUACAAGGUGGGUGAUCUAGCCUCAUUUGCGAGCAAAAUGACACGGCUGCAUGCAAAAGAGUCAGCUCGGAAUAAUGAUGAGCUAGUUCGUAUGAUGCAAGAGCUGUUUAUGGAAAGGCUCAUGUAUCGUUCAGACGUAGAGCGGUCGGGUUUGGCUGCCAUUAUCGCGAUCUUACGCAAAAGCUUAAGCCCUACAGUGGGCCAGACGGCGAGCGCACUUCGAAAGCAUAUGAUCGAUAUCCUGGACGACGACACAGAUAUUAAAACCCAUUUGGGCAAGAAACCUCAUGAAGGUGCGUCUGAUCAAGGCACAAAAAGGCGGAAAACUGAAAAUGGCAGCUCCGUGAAGUCAGAACAGCAGCAACAAUCUAUGAGUGAGUCGUCGUCUGUAGCGACAACAAACUCGGACGCCAAAGGGAAUUUGGCCAGCUCUGGUUCACUGCCUGCCGCAGAGGAAUCGUCACCACAGGAUAACGUAGCGAAGACAAAACAGAAGAAGGACAGUAGCAAGCGGGUCGAAGAUAUGGCAGCAAAAAUUGAGCCCUCAGACGAAUUGUUGGCGAAAGCUGAGAAUGUGGUUGCGACUGCCAAAACAAGUUCAGAUAAGCGAUCCGUUUCUUUGAAAGAAACACCUGUUGAUGGUGCAGUAAAAGACAGUGAAAGUGUAAAUGAAGCAUCGGAGUGUAUGGACAAGAACCGAACGUUUGUCGUGGAUAUGCUGCGUAAAAUCCUUGACCAUGACGGGUCAAAGGGUGCAGAGGUGGCAAAGGAGAUUGAGGCAGCAUUGUUUGAGCGUUUCAAGGAAAGCAAUGAUGAUUACAUGGUUCAAGCCCGUAUUAUCAUGUUUGGUCUGAAAGAGAAUGCUGUCAUGCGAGACCGACUCUUUUCUGGUGCCAUGCACUGUCUGGAGUUUGCUUACGCUGAUGAUGCGUUUUUUUUAAAGCCGACGGAGUGA